CACUGGCACUGGAGUUUUUCUUAUCGAUUAGCAUUUUGCCCAUGGUACCGCCGCGCCUGAGUCGAGCGGGUGGUGGCACGCCCGGGCCCCCAUCACCACCAAGAGUUUCUCACAGCGCCCGACACGUCGACCUCCUCUCCCAGGGCCAGCCGAGCGUCCCGUCCACCCAAAACCAUGGCCUGGCUUAAGCGAAGAGCAGGCCCGUUGAUUGUCCUGGGAUCCUCGGCGCUAGGCGGCGCGGCAUAUCGACUGGCAAAGCCCCCAGAUCCAUCCGAUGCCACCUUGAACCCCCACACCUUUACGCCCUACACACUCGUGGACAAGCAGCCCGUCUCGUCCACCAGUGCCAUCUUCACCCUGCGCAACAGCAAUGGCGUGUCCGACGCCGAGAGCCUCAGAGAAGUGUCGAAACGCAGCGUUUGGAGCGUGCAGAUCAAGCAGCCGCAACUGCAGAUCGCCCGCGCAUACACGCCCCUCCCUCCAGCCGCUGAAACCAGGACAAAGGGCAACCAUGAGCCCGAGUACAUGAGAUUGCUUAUACGCCAGGAGACGGGCGGCGAGGUGUCGACCUAUCUGCACCGUCUCCCGGAGCAAUCAACCAUUGAGCUGCGAGGCCCCAACACCGAGCUCAAGCUUCCCCGCGACAUCAUCGAGGUUAUAUUUAUCGCGGGCGGGACAGGCAUAGCGCCUGCCAUGCAAGUCGCCCAAGCACUGGGAAGACGCACCGGAAGCAAGAUGCACAUACUAUGGGCAAACCGGCGGCGUGAAGAGUGCAUGGGCGGCGUCAGCGACGACAGCAGAUACGAGAGUAAUCCCCAGGAUCGCAAAGGGUGGUGGAAGAGUAUAUUCGGCCCCAGUGCGCAAACACCGCUCGUCGAACAGGCCAGCGCCACGGACAAAGGCAUCAUUGUCGCCGAGUUGGACGCACUCAAAAGGCGCAGCGAGGCCGCCACCAGAGGCCUCACGGUCAACUACUACGUCGACGAGGAAAAGACAUUCAUCCAACCCAGCGAGAUAGAUAAGAGGACUAGGCGAAAGAUGGAAGAGGCCGGUUCGCGGCUGAUCAUCGUAUCUGGCCCGGAUGGCUUUAUAGAACACUGGGCGGGCAGGAAACUCUGGGCCAAUGGAACCGAGAUUCAGGGUCCGUUGGGAGGCCAGCUAAGCCGCAUGGACCUAGGUGAGUGGAGAGUGAUCAAGUUAUGAAUGAACGUACGUGCGUUCCCUAAAUGACACCGGUUCCUCUCACGCCUCCGACCGGAGUAACACC